UCCCUGAUGUAGUCAAGUACUUAGUAGAUAAGUCCACACUUCAACAUGGAAUCGGAUUCACUCUUGACUGUAAACCGUCAGCCUCUCUCGCCAUGCCGUCGUUGCGAGCCAUCCUCUACACCACCUUUACCCUCACUACUCUCCCUUUCCGCAUCCUCGGCAUCUUGGUCUACUACAUCCCCAAAGUCACCCGUCCCCAUCCGGCAUGGACCUACCGUCGAGCUGUCGGCUUAAAGAUCUUCGCCAUCUGGUGGAACUACGCAACAGCAGUGGAAUACCGUACCCCGAAAACCCUCACCCCCGGCCGUGAAGGGCAGCGCUUCGUAGUCAUCGAUCCACCCUCCAACCGCCCAGCCCUCGACCGCGGCAUCCUCCGCAGCGUGCCAUCCAUCCGUCCCAACCCCAUCGGCGCGGUCUGGUACCCUGCCCUCCCAUCCAAGCCCCCCAACUGCGUAAUUCUCCACUUCCAUGGAGGUGCCUACGUCCUGGGUGGUGCGCGCCGCAAACAAAAUGGUUGGGGCCCUCGAAUCCUCAGCCAACAUACGAACCUUCCCGUCCUGCAACCACAGUACCGUCUCUCCGUGGAAGAGAACGCCUCCUUCCCUGCAGCCCUUCAAGACGGGAUUGCAGCCUAUGUAUAUCUCCUGGAUACGUUGGGCGUGACCUCCGAGAAUGUCAUUCUUUCCGGGGACUCGGCCGGGGGUAAUCUGGUCCUUGCGAUGCUGAGGUAUCUGACCGAGGAAGUAGAUGCGGGGUUACCAUUGCCUGGGGCGGGGUUGUUGUGGAGCCCGUGGUUGGAUUUGACGGAUCAGGCGGCGCGGAAGGUCGACGCGCAUCCCUGUCGGAGGAAUGAUUAUCUGACUGGGAACUUGGUGGCUUGGGGGGUGAGACGAUUCACGCCUGUUGGAUGGGAGAGGGGACAUCGGUUUUUGAGUCCGUUGGGGAGGGAGUUUCAGGUUAAGACGCCGCUGUUUGUGCAGACGGGCAUGGCGGAGGUGAUCCAUGAGGAUCAUGUGAGAUUUGUGGAGCAGAUGAAAGGGCUAGGGAAUGAGAUUGAGAUGUGCGAAGUCAGGGACGCGCCGCAUGAUAUUUUCGCGGCUGGGGUGGUUCUUGGGUUUGUGAACGAAGCGGAAGAGGCGAUCGAGCAGACGAGAUUAUUCUUGAAGAGAGUGGUAGGGAAUAUUUGACGGUAGGGUUAUAUAUGGAGUUUAUUCCGUGGAGUAGGUAUAUAAGAUGUCUUUCGUCUCUUUCGUCUCUUUCAUCUCUUUCUCUUUUGUUUUUUUCGCCUGUUAUUGAUAUAUACCGAGGGAUGAUGGGGCCGCUAGCCACGACCAUGGCAGGGUGCUCCACCCCGCAUGUUUGAUACUGACAUCGUAUUUGUCUAG